CAAACUAGCAAAGCAAUUGAAAUAAAAUGACAAAAACAAAAUAGGAAAGCAAUUUUAUUGUAAAAGAUAACAUUAAAAAGAAAUAAAAAACAUUAAAAUACAAAUAUAUAGCAAAAUGUCACAUUUAGGGUUAGUAAUAAGCAGCGCUAUGGUGAGGUUUAGCAGCGUGGGGGUGAGAUCUCUUGAUGCCGACUGUAGUUGCUUCAUUGCUGUCUCCAGUACUACGCUGUACCGGGGAUGCUAAAAUGGCUGCAAGCAACUAUUUUGGCUUCACACAUGGUGCCGGUCCACAGUACAGUACCCAGCCUCCCCCUUCCUACUCCCUCCCCUCCACAGCCGCCUACAGUGUCCAGCAGGCCUCAGCCGUGGCCCAUGUGGUGACGGCGUCCUACUCUCCAGCUUCAGUUCAAGCUGCUCGGCCUGUUGCCUCGUCCCCUUACCCCACCUACCAGAGCCACCAGGCGCCCCCCGACUUCACCUACAGACAGCCAGACCCACCUCAGCCAACCACCACCCCACAGACGUACCAGGUAUACUCAGACAUGCAGGACAACUACAACUAUGGGCGUCCUGCUGCUGUCACAACCUACGACAACAAACAGUACUACCAGACCAGCAUAGCCUCAGCUCAGCGGACGCACACAGAUAACUACUAUCAGAGCGCAGGAGUGAAAAGUGCUUACAGUCCAGCGUCCUCCACUAUUUAUAACCAGCCUCCUCCAGCCCAGAGGCAGGUGACUGCCCUGAAGCCGCUGGUUCCCUCCAGCUCCGUGUCCACCAGCUACAACAUCUAUCCGGUGGCCACCAGUGUCCAACAGCCCCCGGCGCCCAUUUCCUCCUACACCCUCGGCUCCACGUUUAGCUCCACAGUCGCAGCCACUUCCUACUCAGGCCUCAACUACUCCAGUUAUGAUUCAGCCGGCUACACCUCUGCAUCCACCCCCUCCUAUUACCAGCCAGCCCAGCAGACUCUCCCCCAGGGUCCACCGCAGCAGUCGCAGCAGCCUCAGCAGCCUCAGCCUUCCAUCCAGCAGCCUCCCAAGCAGCUGACCAGCUCCUCCUGGAGUAACUCGGGCAGCAACAUGGUGACGGCUCCAACCGGAAACGCCUACAAGAAGCCGUCUUUUCAUCAGAGCAAGCUGCAGAGACCUAAAGGGCCCCCCAAGCAGUCGCAGCUGCAUUACUGUGACAUCUGCAAAAUCAGCUGUGCUGGACCGCAGACGUACCGGGAGCACAACGAAGGCCAGAAACAUAAGAAGAAGGAAGCAGCGCUGAAGGCGGGGGGCCAGUCUGGGACCAGCAACGGGCCCAGAGGAGUUCAGACUCAGCUACGCUGCGAGCUAUGCGAUGUGUCCUGCACUGGAGUGGACGCCUAUGCCGCCCACAUUCGUGGAUCCAAACACCAGAAGGUGGUGAAGCUCCACACAAAGCUCGGUAAACCUAUUCCUUCAUCUGAGCCAGUUCUGGUGAAUUCUGCUCCCAUCCUCACUACCUCGUCAGCUGGGAAGCCUCCAGCGUCUUCCACUUCCUCGUCGCUCUCGAAUGCUUCAACUCCUGCUGCUAAACUCAAACAGGCGGUGGGGAACCCCCCCGCCAAAGCCGUCCUGCCAGUGAAGAAACCAGCUUUUAGCAAAAUGUCUGCUGCUGCUCACAAGCCGAUCGGCGCUCCAGCGGCGACGUCAGCAGCGGCGCUGGUACCCGUUAAAGCAGAAGAGCCGGUUCUGGUUCUGCCGCCAGUCCAGAAGGUGAAACCACAGAGCGAAGACGAGGGUGGAGACAGAGCUGGAGGCCAGGGCGACAUCCAGCCUGUGGGACACGACUAUGUGGAGGAGGUUCGUAACGAUGAUGGAAAAGUCAUUCGCUUCCACUGUAAACUCUGCGAGUGCAGCUUUAAUGAUCCAAAUGCUAAAGACAUGCACCUGAAAGGCAGGAGGCACCGGCUGCAGUACAAGAAGAAAGUGAACCCCGAGCUUCCUGUGGAGAUCAAACCCAGCAACAAGGCCAGGAAGCUACAAGAGAGCAAGCUAAAGAAGCUGAAGCAAAAGGCCGUCCUAAAGAGACAGAGAGACGACGAGCAGCGCUGGCACAUGGAGAUGAGGCGCUAUGAGGAGGACAUGUACUGGAGGAGGAUGGAGGAGGAACAGAUCUACUGGGGAGAUCAGAGGCGCAGAAUUGCACCUCCUCCUUUGAUGAGUCGCCCUGGUAUGCCAGUGCCCCCUCUGCUGACUUGCGUCCGUCGGCCGGACUCUUCUGACGAUCGCCACAUCAUGGCGAAGCAUUCCACCAUUUAUCCCGUGGAGGAGGAGCUGCAGGCCGUUCAGAAGAUUGUCUCGCACGUGGAGAGAGCUCUCAAGCUUGUGUCGGACUCCCUGCUAGAAAAGGAUGUGCCGGCUCCGACUUCUACCUCUGAGGAUGGGGAUGAAAAGAGUGCUGAGAAUGCAGCGCGGCUGCUGAAAGGUGUGAUGAGGGUGGGUAUUCUGGCUAAAGGCUUGUUGCUGCGUGGGGAUAGAAAUGUGGAGCUCAUCCUGCUGACAGCCAAGAAACCAACCAUCACGUUACUGAAGACCGUCGCUAAGCAGCUGCCAAAGGAGCUGGAGAUAUUUUCUGAAGAUCAGUACGAGGUGCAGGCUCACCCCGAAGACGCCAACAUCGUCAUAUUUUCCACCAAGGAGCCCAAAAUGCAGGUGACCAUUUCUCUCACCUCGCCGCUGAUGAGGGAGGACCCUGCCGCUGAGAAGGACAAGCAGGCAGGAGGGAAAACGGCGGAGAAAGAUGCUUUUGACAAAGAUCCUCCAGAUCUUCUCAGCAAGAAGAAAUGCUUGGAAUACCUGGCAGCUCUUCGGCAUGCCAAGUGGUUUCAGGCUCGCGCUAACGGGUUACAAUCCUGCGUGAUCAUCAUCCGAGUGCUGAGAGAUUUAUGCCAACGAGUUCCCACCUGGGGGAAGGUCCCAAGCUGGGCUUUAGAGCUUCUGGUGGAGAAGGUGAUCAGCAGCGCCACAGGUCCGCUCAGCCCCGGGGAGGCCAUGCGCCGAGUUCUGGAGUGCAUUUCCACCGGCAUCCUCCUGCCAGAUGCACCGGGUCUGUUGGACCCCUGUGAGAAGGAGCAAACGGACGCUCUGGAGAGCAUGAACCUUCAAGCUCGGGAGGACAUCACGGCCAGCGCGCAGCACGCGCUGCGGCUGCUCGCUUUCCGCCAGAUUCACAAAGUCCUGGGCAUGGAGUCUCUGCCGGCGUCCAAAGCCAGCGCUCGCAACCGCAAACGCAGACGGGACGUCGGCGACACGGGGGAGGGCGAGGGGGAGGGCAAGAAAGACAAGAAAGAAGAAGCAACCAGCGCUUGACUUUUGACCUCCAGACUGGACGGGUUUGCUAGUUUAGAAGCUGGUAGAAUGUCGAAAAUUUGAAAGAUUUCUUACCUUGGAAACCACAGAACACACAUAUAUAUAUAAAAUUAUAACUGACUAUAUGUUACAUGUCUAACCUUAAAGAAGAAUAAUACCUGUAAGGACUCGGGAGGGGGAUCUGCUCCGCGACUCUCCUGUGAAUCCACGUCUGUCCAGUUCUCCUCUACUGCGUUGUCCUUGGAGAACCACUGAGUAACGAGCACCUUAAGCGGGAUCUGUGUGGACAAAAACUCUGCUGCUAUUCCAAACGACGAUUUGACUCUGCUUUCAUGAAAACGAAAGAAAGAAAUUGGGUGUUAAACUUGUGAAAGACGGCACACCUUCUUCACUGAAUUCAUCUUCCUUUAAAGCACUUAUAACGUUUUAUUUAAUCUGUAGGAAAUAAGAGGAACUGAGAUGUUCAGUCCAAGCCUUGUUUUCAGAGAAAGUCAAAAAGUAGGUCAUGCCGCCGCACAUGUGUUUUCAGCAAAAGGGUCGCUUUUCUCCAGUCUAUCACGCAGGCAUGACGAGUUUCUUUUAGGAAUAAAUCACCUCAGUUCUUCGUCUGCUGAACAUCUACUCUAAUAAUUUAGUGAUUACAAACCUUGACUUCCUUCCUAGUGCCUCCAUCUUGUUAACGAUUACAGACCAAGUGAGGGGGAACACAGUUUCUUUUGAGGGAUUAUCCUUGUGUUGGUUUUUAUUUGAUGCAUCGGAAAGGGAACCGCACAAAACUCGGCUCGGAAAGCCACACGUUUUAUCGUUCAGAGACUCUUUAAAGAAGAAGCUCCUCAUCAGUAACGAGGACGGCCUGAUUUUAUUUCUGAAGUCUGUUUUUGUAUUGUUUCGAUGAGAAGUGUGUGAACGUUUGCUGUCGUUUGAAUGUCUUUGUGUUGCCCUGAAAUUACUGGGAGGGAGGAUAUUAAAACAAUAAAAAACACAAA